CCAUACACAACAUCUGCACCCUGUUUCUUCUCUUCAAGAUGCUCUACAGCCCGAGCUUUGUGUUUUAAAGCUACUGCCAGUUUCAGAAUGAGAGUUAUGAACAGCUUCUGUUCCCAAAGACACCUUAAGGAAAGGACCGUUUUCAGACGUGACUUUAUCCACCGCGUGUGAAGAAGGAUCUCGGCACGAUGGUUUCCAAUCUUCCUGAUGAAAACAAGCUGUCCCUCAGCAAAAUCACGUCUUUCAGGGGCUUUCAGACAACGCCCGCCCCUCCAGGGACUGAGCUGCAACAGGAUGCUGCAGGCUUCACUUCUGCAGCCCUCAAGAAAGAACCAGAGUGGCAGACAAAGGAGACAUCUUGGCAGGAGCUGAAGACGUGGCUGGAAGAAAAGGAGAAAGACCUUAUAAAGGAAAAAAAUAAGAUAUCAGAAGAAAAAAGAUUAGUCAUGCAGCAAGACAAAAUCCUAGAGGACAUGCAGAUGAAAAUAAGCCACUUAGAAGAACAGCUCAAGCACCUCGAACUAAUUGGGCCCCCACAAGGGAAGAAGGUCGAAAACUGCCCAUGCUCUCUCACUCUGAAGAUGCAGAAGUCAACGACCAGUUACCUAAGAAGAAUCAGUCUCUAUUUUGGGAUCUCUUUGUGGCUGUUGGGCAAGUUCCUACUGCACACUGGCCGCUUGUGCAUAACACUGGCCUUGUUUGUGAAACAUGUACCUGAUCCUACCUGGGUAAAUUGGAUACUGAGCAGAAUCUUCCACCAGUACAACAGAUCUUACUUAUGGCCACAUUAAUGCUAAGACUCCACAAGGAUUUCUGUAGGGAUACUGUAUGGCUUCUGGAAAGACCCCAUACUUUAAAAUAAAGCAAUCAUGGAUGCUAAAAGCA